UCUUAAUCAUUAUCAUCAUCAUCAUUAUCCACGUUUUACUCCAUCUAUUCGCUGCAAAAACAUCCCAAAUCUCCCACUUCCUUUGUAUUUCUCUUCCACCUCGGGAAGCCCAUUAGACCUCUUUUACUCCCUUUUUGUAACUCUCAUUUUAUAUUGAUUUAUUCUUUCCUUCAUAGAUCCAGCCCUUCUUCUUCUGUUUCUAUCUAGUAUCAAAGCAGAUAAUAUAGUCACAUAAAGAGAAGAAAUCGAAUUAAAGCCGAUCUGUGGAAUUCGAUAAAGAGCAUUACGAUUUGAUCUAAAGCACAUUCAAGCAUGUCGUUUACCGGUACCCAACAGAAAUGCAAGGCUUGUGAAAAGACUGUUCCGGUGGAACUUCUGUCUGCAGAUGGAGUUCCUUACCAUAAAUAUUGCUUCAAGUGCAGUCAUUGCAAAGGGACUCUAAAGUUGGCUAAUUACUCCUCAAUGGAAGGUGUUCUUUAUUGCAAGCCUCAUUUUGAGCAACUCUUCAAGGAGACGGGCAACUUCAACAAGAAUUUCCAGUCACCUGCAAAGACAGCUGAGAAGUUAACUCCCGAGCUGGUAAAUUUAUGAUGCAAAAUACACGUGCUUUGGUGAUUCGAUUAGC